AUGGCGGACGAGCCAGGAGCCGACGAUGAGGCGGGCAGCAUUUCUCCCAAGGAGGACUUUAAUCCUUUAGCUGAUGACCAGUAUGCUGAAUAUUAUCUGCGACAAGUUGUCAAUGGAGCUGGAGAAGUCGAUGAUGAGGGACACUACCAGCACAGUAACUACGUGGACGGCACAGAGGAGGCUCCUUACAGUGAUGACGAGCUGGAUAGUUUGACUCUUGGCCAGGUGUACUCUAUCACUCCGCCAAAUUUGCCCCGUGUUCGCAAAAGAGAGCAUGAGAAAGAACGUCAAACAAUGAAGCUGCGUCACCCAGAUAGGUCGUACAAGGAGUUUCUGAUCAGCAAGCGACAUAAUCAGCCGAAGUCAGUGGCUAAUAUUAUUAAAACUGAAUAUAUGAGUGAUCCUGCACUCUGUAAUCUCACAGAAUUCGACUCUGAUGACAAUCUAGACAAGGAAUCAAUCAGAGAAAAGAGGGAAAAGAGGAGGCGAGAAAGCAGAGAAACAAAGAAGACUUUAUCAAAACUAAGGUUGAAUGAUCGACAAGAAAAGAGGUUGUCGGAAGAUUUUAGUGCAAUAACCAUUAAUGAUUCCAUGGACGGUGCCCAUCUGAAUGGGAUGAAGCUGGAAGGAUCUGGGCGUUUCUCCCUCCUGAAGCCAAAACCUAUAGCUCCACUAACUGCUGAGUGCCGAGCCAGGAGGCAGGUUGGCGAACCUCCAGUUUGUCCCAGAGAUCGGGAGGAAUUUCAUUCGAAAUUUUCCUUACUCAUUAAUUUAGGCACAGAAGCCAAGAAAGACAAAGAGAAGAUGAUGUCUUCAAACAAACGGCAGCUGAGUGUGGAACUAGAACAAUGGAGGGCUAGUUUAAUAGAACAGCUGUGGCUGGAGCUGAGGGCUUACAUCAACGGCAUCUCUCCUGAGGAGCAGCACCAUCUGCUGAAGAUGGAGAGACAGGAGUAUGAGAAGGUUAUAGAUGAAAUCAACAGCUUUUGUUUUACAGAUACUAUAGCAAAUGAAUACCCUAACAGUGCCUUGGGAGGUGAUUCUUACACAAGAAACCCACAUUUAAAGGUAGACGGUACUUCGUUUCGAGAACUGGUGUCUCGUAGUGUCUCAGCUUCAUUCAGUGAUGUGAAUCUAACUGACGAGACUGUCUGUCUGCAAGAGAAGGCCCUGUUUCAGGUGCAGAGUCUCCUGGAGAGGCUUGACCAUUAUGAAAGCUGCUUUAGUACCACUGAGGCAGCCAAACAAAGCAACCCCAAGUUCAAGGAUCCGGAGUUUCAACGUAGGGUUAAGUGUUUAAACUUGUGGCUGAACAUCACCUGUGACUUAUGCCAAAAACUCAAACUUUUCGGUAGAAUUAUUGGCACACAUUCACGGGGUAUAAAAUGGCCGCUGGUUAACUUUGAAUUUCCCAAACCACGAGCUCGUGAAUUCCUGGCCAGUCCUCGUGCCAGUAUACCCAAUGUUAUGGAAACAGAGGCAACCGACUCGGAGAAUGAAGAAGCAAAUGUAGAGGAGGAUGAAGAGGAAGUAGAAGAAGAAGAAGAGGAAAGAAGUGGUGCAGAAACUCAGCUACAGAACAAUAAAACAUAUUUAAGUCCGCACCACAAACAGGUCAAGUUCCAGUGUGGGGAUGACAGCAGUGAUCAAGGGUCCCCUAUAAGUAGUCCAGUUCCACAGGAUUCCUCUCUACCAAUGAACUCCAGCACACCGGUUCAAACCUUUUCUCAGAGCAACAGCUCUGUGACAAAUACAGGGACUUCAGUCCUGAGUUUGUCACGAGCUUCAAGCGAAGUCAGUUUGGACGAUAGUCGGAUAGUGAAAUCUUCAAUUUACAGACACUAUGUGGAAAAGUGUUUACGUAAGAUGGGCUUGCAUAAGCUGAAUUUACGAUUGCGGGAUUUAUUUCAUGGAAGUUUAAAACGAGCAAAAGAAGCAUUGGAGCGACCAAAGGAGUCGACAUAUUCCAAUGUUGGGGAGUCUGGAGAGGAGCAGCUUAUCCGUGAGUGCAAGGAAGUGCUCAAGGGCGCCAGCCUGGUCAAACAGUACUACCACUACAUGGUGGCAGCGGUUAUGUGGGACGAGAUGGAGGCCGAGGACAAGUUUGAGUCAGAUCUCACAGAGUUUGAUGAGGACAUGAAGAGCAUGUUGGACGUUUACUUCAACUACCUCCAGAGCUGGAUUUACAUGCUGCAGUCUCUGCCCGAAGCUUCCCUGGGCAUGAAGAGUGCCCUGGAGGAGGAGUGGACCUUUACAAAGUCUAUUUGUGCCUUUGUUGUUGGAGGAGAGGCAGAGGCAGGGAAGAAGUUCAGCUCCCUGGCCAGCAGUCUGCUCAACUCUAUUGGUGAUUUCCUGGACAACGGUAUCGAUGACAACACUCGCAGUCUCUACGAUGAUGAAUAUGUCAGUGAUUUUGCUGACGGGGAGGAAGGCACAGGCAGUGAGCAGGAUUCUGAGGCUGACAGCGAUAACACUGAGGACAGAAUUCAGUGCAAGAGAAUGGCUAAAAUGAAACAAAAUGUGCAAGGUAUUCUCCGUAACUUCAGAAAUUUAUUCAAUGAAGCUCGGGAGAGAGCAUCCAAGGCUCUUGGCUUUGCAAAGUUACUCAGAAAGGAUUUGGAAAUUGCUGCAGACUUUAAUAUUGCGGUUACCACCAAAGAUCUCUUCACUCGACUUAUGGAGACUCGGCAUGUUCAGGUGAAGGUGCCGUUGAGCUCAGGGUACAUGAUGUUCAUUCCAGAAAAGAUCAUCUCCAACAAGCAGUUGAUCCUGCAGCUGCUGAAUGUCACGUCGGGCCGGGAGGACAUGACAGAAACCACCAACAAGGAGGAGGGUUACCUGCUGAUGUUGAGGUGUGAGAGCGGCAUUGACCACAUCAAAGAGUGUCCUCGCUGGACUGGCUUUGUGGUGCAUGUGGAGCCCACUGCCGAGACAGCCAUUGCCCUGUCUCAUAUAGAGGUAAUGGGGUUUUUGUUUGUGGUGACCCACUCCGGGGCCCUGACCCACCAGAGGAAGUAUUUUGAGAGCAUCAUGGGUAAGACGGUCCAGCUGGUCAAUGAGCAGACAUCCUGUCAUCAGUCAAUAGCCGAGUCCUUGUCUGAGCUCAAGGCCAAUGCUGUAGAGCUGAUGGUGAAGAUCUCACAAGCCAUUCAACAAGUCAAUGAGAAGCUUAACGUCAAUGAAGUCAUUCUGACUGAGGAGAGCAUCCUGAAACUCUACAGGGAGACCAUGCUGAAGAUAUAUGACUUUGGAUUUGAGUAUCAGCGUGAGUUGAUGCGUUUGGUGUCCAGGGACCAGAGGCAGAAGAUGUGUCACAUGACAGUGUCCUUUGCCAAGGAUUGGAUGAACUUUGUCAUCAGCAAAUGUGAGAGAGGUCGAGGAACUAGGCCAAGGUGGGCUACACAAGGGCUGGAGUUUAUCACAAUAGCCUGCGAGCCAAAGAAUGUUGUCUAUCUGACAGAUGAAGAAUUUCAGGAUUUCCAGCAUCGGAUUCUAGACUGCCUCACUCACAUCAUUGGGUCCUCGGAUAAUCGAUACAUUGCUCCAGGUCUGUCAUUGAGCAGGAGCAACUUAGACCUGCCUCGAAGUGGUCAGCCUUUGGUCCAGCGACUGACCUCUUGCCCUGAGAACUCUCGCUUUAUUCGGUCAGUGUCUGCUCGCUCGGUCAACAGUGAUCCCACAGGACAUCAUACCAGUGGCAGUCUCACCUCAACUCCUUCCAGUAUCAACAGUUUCUUCUUUGGAGAUAACAUACUCAGCGAGGCAGACAGAACACGCCCUAGAGGUGAACGCCUGCGUCUGCGCAUUGAAAAACUGGAGUUGGGUCGAGAGCAGAAGUUGAGGGAGUCGCGAAUUAUUGGCAGGGUAACCAAUCACGUGCAAGAGCCAGAUUAUCGCAUCAAUGUUCGUCGGGUCAACUUUAGAUGGCAACGUGGCAUCAAGAUAGGUGAGGGUCAGUUUGGUAAAGUCUAUACUGCAGUCAACAUCAACACAGGAGAACUGAUGGCCAUGAAAGAGAUGAAGUUCCAGCCUAAUGAUCAACAGUCGUUGAAGGAGAUUUGUGAUGAGAUCAAGAACUUUGAGGGCAUCAACCACAAGAACCUGGUCAAGUACUUUGGGGUGGAGGUGCACAAGGAUGAGAUGCUGAUGUUCAUGGAGUACUGUGACAGUGGCUCCAUUGAAGAAGUGGCGCGUAUAGGCCUGCCCGAGUACAUGAUCAGAAGAUACACACAGGAGAUUGUACGUGCCAUAGUUCACUUGCAUGAGAAUAAUAUUGUGCACAGAGACAUCAAAGGUGCCAAUAUUUUCCUGACCUCUCAAGGACAUGUAAAGCUGGGAGAUUUUGGUUGCUCUGUGAAAUUAAAGAACCAGCAGACAAUGCCUGGGGAGAAUGUGAAUCUAGUCGGCACGACAGCAUACAUGGCCCCAGAAGUGAUCACUCAGAGCAAGCAGGAAGGCUACGGUAGGGCUGCAGACAUCUGGUCUCUGGGAUGUGUGGUCAUUGAGAUGGCUACAGGCAAGAGACCAUGGCAUGAGCUGGAACACAACCUGCAGGUGAUGUUCAAAGUUGGUACUGGUCACACACCUCCGAUCCCGGAGAACCUGGGCAAAGAUGGCAAGAGUUUCCUGGCCUGCUGUCUGGUGCACGAGCCGGAGAAGCGCUGGACGGCUGCAGCCCUGCUGGACCACAUGUUUGUCAAGUAUUAUGAUGUUGAAGAGAACGACGAAGACAGUGAUGAAUCUUGA